GAAUAUAAUUAUAAGGAGGACGACAUACAGGUUGUAAAGUCAAAUUAUAUAAAUUAGGAGAAUAUUGUUGAAACCAUAUCAUUUCAUACCAUAUUAUAUCAAACAGAUUUAGUUUAGUGGUUAUUACUAAUUUUGCAUUUUGUACUAUAAAUACUAUCACCAAUCUCAUUCCCAUCCAUCAUAUUUUUGUAAGCUAAAUCAAAAUUUCAAAAUUCAAUUUCAAAUUCAAAUUCAAAUUUUAUAUAUAAAUAAUUGAUACCAAUUUGUUCCAACAUCUUCUACAGCCCAGGGACAUCAUGACUUUCCCACCUGUGAAUUAUCCUGAAGAUUGGAGUCAAGGUUGGUACUUGACUUUCCUUUCAUCAUGUAUGUGUCUAUUAGGAUGUCUUAUCAUCUAUUUAGAUGAUUUAUAUUAUUUAUUACUUCCAAAGUUUAUCACAUCAAGAUAUCCGUUUCAUCUUAAAGAGAAUUAUACUUUUUUAAAUGCUUCGUUAGCGUUUAGUGCUGGUUGUUUAUUAUUCACAUCUUUAUUUAGAUUGUUACCUGAAGCAUUACAAUAUUUAAAAAAUUCAAUCCAAGAUGAAGAUGACUUAACUCCAUUACCUGUUAAUGUGGAAAGAAGAUUACAAUUUGAUUUGAUAGUUUCUUAUAUUAUUGGAGCUGCGAUCUGUGUAUCAUUCAAUACCAUUCUUCAUCUUAUAACCAGUGAAUCCGUGGUUCAUUGUAAUCAUGGUGAUCAUGAUGAUGAAGAAGCUGAAUUGAUUAAUAAUGAUAUUCAUGAUAAAGGUAAGAUUCAAGAAGCUCAUAGUCAUUCUCAUCAUGAACAACAUCAACAUCACGAAGAAAGUAAUAGUCUGCCCCGUAAGUAUCAUCAUCAUCACCAUCAUCAUACUCAUAGUAAUGAAGAUCAUGAUAUUGAUCCUAAGGAUACUCAAACUAGAAAACCAAGUGAUCCAAAUUCCCCAGAAUUUGGUGAUUCAUCAGAUACUUAUUCCACCUCAUCAAAUCCUCAAGAAUGUCAAGGUACAAAGAGUUCAUGUCAAACUCAAAUUGAAGAUCAUGAUGAAUCAACUCCUUUAAUUGAAAAUCAAAAAUCAAUUAAACAAAGAAAAUCAAUCAUACAUUAUUUCUCAUUACAUCUUGAUGAUUCUGAUGAUGUUGGGGAAUGUAAAGGUUAUUCAUCAGCUGAGUUAUGUUUAUUUAAUAAACAUCAUGCGGUUAAUAUAGACCCAACUCAAACUCAACUUCAUUUUUGUGAAUUACCAGAAUUAAACAGAACUCAAUCUGAUUUAGCCACUGCUACUUAUGGAGCUAUAGAUUCAUCCAAUUUUACCAAUGGGGGUGAAGUUUUAAUUGAUCCUUUCCAUCAUCCUAUUCAUCAUUCUAUAUCCCAUGCAUCCCAUAAUAAUGAAAGUCAUCAUAACAAUCAAAGUUUAAAUCAUGGAGAACAUAAACUGGAUCAUCAUCAUCAUAUAAAUACCCCUUUAUCCAGAUUAUUAUUAAUUGGUAUUCAAACUACAUUAGCCAUAACCUUACAUAAAUUACCAGAGGGUUUUAUUACUUAUAUUACUUCAGAAACAAAUCCUGAAUUAGGAGUUUCUAUCUUUUUAAGUUUAUUAUUACAUAAUUUCACAGAAGGAUUUUCCAUGUGUUUACCAUUAUAUUAUUCAUUCACUGCCGGUUCAUCUAAGAAUUAUGCUAAAUUGAAAGCCAUAGGUAUUAGUGGAUUACUUGGAGGGUUAGCUCAACCAUUAGGUGCAUUAUUAGGAUAUUUAUUUAUUGCUUAUAAUAAGAAUAGACUCAGUGAUGGUUCUGGGGAUGAUGAUGAGAUUAUUGAUAUGCAAAGUUUGAAUUUCAUCUUUGGUAUUACAUUAUCAAUCACCAGUAGUUUCUUAACUGUCAUUGGUCUUUCUAUGUAUGGAUCUGCAGUUGCCUUUGGUGGAUCAUUAAAUUCAGUAUUAAUAUGGUGUAUUAUUGGUAUUUCAGUGAUUGGAUUAUCAUCUAUUGCAAUAGAUUAGCUGCUAUUUAAAUUAUAAAAACAUAUUUUUAGGUUAUACAUAUAUACAUUCUUGUCUUUUUUAUCAAUCGGGUUUACUUUAUAUAUAUAUUUUAGAUUAGCAAUAAUUAAUAAAUUCAAUCAAAUAUAAUAACAUCU